AUGACUGGCACAGUACAAAAAUGGAAAGGAAAUCUAUGCGACAGAAUGAUGGAUGACAGGAUUACACGGCACUUCCUUGAGGAGCCUCAGAUGCGAAGAGAAGUAGAAAGAUUUAAAACAUUCCAGAACUGGCCAACAGAUGCGCCUGUUACCUCAGGAGAUCUGGCUAAAGCAGGCUUCUUCUUUCUUGGCCCUGGGGAUGAAGUUAAAUGUUUCUGCUGUGGAGGGAUUUUAAGAUUUUGGGUGUGUGGGGAUGACCCAGCUGCCGAGCAUCAGCGACAUUUCCCGACUUGUGAUUUCAUUCUUGGUCGAGCAGUGGGGAAUAUCUCCCUCCACGAUGGGUCCUGGGACUCCGUAGAUGGCCAGCUGUUGAGCCAACUUCAGAGAAUGACUGUGGAUGACCAGGGGACAUCCGCACAAGCAGUCUACCCUGAGAUGGAAGCUGAGGAUUCACGGCUAACUACUUUCCAUAACUGGCCUACUGAGGCCUCGGUCCAACCAGAUGUUCUCGCCAGAGCAGGAUUUUUCUACACAGGUCACGGUGACAAUGUGAAAUGUUUCUACUGCGAUGGAGGGCUGAGGAACUGGGAACCAAGCGACGAUCCCUGGCAGGAACAUGCCAAGUGGUUUCCACGUUGUGAAUUUUUGAUCCAGUCCAGAGGGCAGGAGUACAUUAGUAACAUACAGGAUGCUCAUUUCCACCUGGGUGAUACAGUGGUUGGAUCGCAAACCUCCACUGCCAGAGAGAUCAGCUCUAGCAAUGAUAUUGUCAGAAGUCUGGGGGCCUCAUCAGCCAUGCUUUCCCCAGUAGUGCAAACCGUGGUGCAGAUGGGCUUUGACAGCAGCUUGGUGGAGAGUUUGGUUCAGACCAAGUACCUGUUAACAGGUCGGCACUAUACAUCCGUAUCUGACCUGGUCACUGACAUACUGCAGGCGGAAAGAGACGACAGGCAAACAGGAUCACAGAGCAGAGAGGUAGAAAUGAGGCAGAACUGCAGUGCUGGAAGUGUGAGGACACAAACACCCACCAGAGAGAAUGCGAAGGACAACAGUCCAGAGGAGUUGCUGAGGCAGCUGCAGCAAGAGAGGACUUGUAAGGUGUGCAUGGACAAGCUGGUGUCCAUUGUCUUCAUUCCCUGCGGUCACCUGGUGGUAUGUAGGGAUUGUGCCGCCUGUCUUCGGCACUGUCCCAUCUGCAGAGCUGUGAUCAGAGGCAGCGUCCACGCUUUCAUGUCUUAAUGCUGAAGAAGCCAACAGUCAAGAUCAUUACAACUGCUGCUGGUUGUAUGUUUCACAUUCAUGCCUCAUUUUGUGUAAUAAACACUUUA